ACUUCGCCAAACCCUAAUCGAUUAAGCUGAUGGUAGUGACUGACGAGGGUGAUGCACCCAAUCUCAUUCAAUAUAGUGUGCAAGACAGUGUAUGUCGUGACACUCUCGUUAACUUAUUGCUUUUUUAUUGUGUCAUCGUCGUCAAAAAUCAAGAAUAUCAUAUUCGGUGGUGAAUUUGACUGUUCCAGAAACUAUUGCUACCAAUUGUAUCAUCAAUUGAAUACCCAUCUAGUUUGAGUUUUGAGAAUUUUGAAAUGACGAACUACCUUAAUAAUCGGAGAAUAGCCACCAAGGCCCAUAUGAUACAGGACUUUAUGGAUGUUAAUCCACGAGUAUCUUGGUCUCCUUUUAUCGCCAUUAGACCAUCAAACAUCAACUUUGUUUAUUUAUUAAUGGAUACAUUUAUGGUUGAAGGUCGUGGUCGAAGACUAGAAACUGCUAAAGUAGACGCCAUAACAAGAUUCUACUCCUUUGCUCCGCCAUACGAUGAUACAGGAGAAGCAGAAGAAAUAAUUAACUUAAACAAUUUGGUAGACAAUAAACCUAAAUUAAUUAACAUAAUGGACUGUUUCGAGAAUGAUACAUCAUCAAAGCUAUUUUCACCAGCCAAAGCUGCAGAUUAUAUUGAUUUUCUUUUUGAUUUUGAUACCUCACAAAUGGUGCAUGACUUCAAUAUAGCAUAUCAGCAUUUAAGCUAUUGGUCUAACCUUGAUUAUAAAUUAUCCGAUGGAAAUUAUUUAAAAGUUGCGUUGAACAUAGGUGAUUAUCGAUUUAUAGGUUUUGGUUUAACGCUAGAAAAAGCUAAAAUAAAUACAAUAAAAAGGUUUUAUUUGAGCUCUGUCCAAAAUUUUUUUGAAAUAUGUCAAGAAUAUAAUGAACAAACUGAAACGGAAAGAGAUUUCGACUGGGAAAAAGAAGAUUCAGUAAUUGUGUUGGAAGAUAAAUCAUUGAAUGACGCCGGAAAUUCAUCUCCUGCAAAUACUAACUCAUCAGAGAAUAAUUCGAAACCUCAGCCGGCUCAACCUCGAGAAAUCCGUCGCAAUGAUUAUACAAAUAAAAAAUCAUUAGCAUUGAAUUUUUUAGAAAAAUACAAUCUACGAAAUAGUAUAUGGUCUCCUUUCGCCCGUGCCUCUGAUGAUCCAAAUAAGAAAACUAAAAGUGUUAGAGUUAUUUUACGGUUGGGUCCUAAACAACAGUACGAAGGUCAAGGCAAAAAAAAAUCUAUUGCUAAAAUAAAUGCGAUAAAGAAGUUGAAGAGAGCUAUUUUACAAGCUAACCCAAAUUGUACUAAAACAAAAUUUAUAGAAAAUAUAAAUAAAUUAGGAAUACCAAUGAAUAACGGAUCAUAAUUUAUGAAUAAGUUGAACAUAUUAUGAUGUAGUCAACGUUAUUGUGGCUUAUUGUAUAGGUAGGUAUAGAUGAUUUAUAAAUCAAUGACGGUAGAUAAUAAGUUUAUUUAAAGACGAUUUUUAAUUUUAUUAGAUACUCAUAUUCCAUAAAAAUGUAUUCGUAUCACAGAUGUUUCAUUUACGUAUAAGUAGUUAACAUUUUCUGAACUACAGUACUACGAUAAAUAUUUGUCUGUCACAAAUAUUAUCGUAGUAAAUUUUAAAAAUAUACACUUAGUUUAUUGAUUUUGACAUAAAUAAUUAAAAAGUAAUUAAAUAGUUAUUAUUAUUUUUAAUAACACAUUUAUUACAUUUUUUAUAAUUUUCAUACACUUAUUUACUCAUAAUAAUAAUAUGUAGUUUGUUAAUAUAGAUUACUAUAGAAAUAUGGUAUGCUUCAUAAAAGCCUGAUACACUACAUGUAACGUUUAAUAAUUUCCAUAAUGGGUAAACGGUUACAUGUCUACGUAAAUUCUUACACAAAAAUAAAGACUCCAUUGCCAAAGUUCCUACACGACUAUAUAAGUAAUCCAAUACAUUAUGGUCAGAGACGUAUUUAGGAAUUUUGCGCUCAGGUUAUCUGAGUGUCAUUACUUUUUUUUUAUCACUCAAAUAACCUGGGUACAGUAUUAUUAAAAUAAUAUAUAUUAUAUAUUAAAAUGCACUUCAAAAUGUACCACCUGGGGCCAAGCCCCCCCCCUGCCUCCCUAAAUAAGUCACUGGUCACUUGUUACAGAAAUAAAAUUAAAUGCGAAAUCUACUGUGUACGCGUACGACAUACCUACGGCAAUAUUAAAACACUAUAUUUACAGAUAUUUACUAUAAUUUUAUUAUUUUAUAUAGGUAAGCAUAUUAUAUUAUAAUAUCUUUUUUCAAUAAACAAUACGGACAAAGUUCAAUUAAAAAUAAUAUAAAACGCUUUUUGAUGCAUUACAAAAACAAACCAAUUUUAUUUGAAAUAUCACUUUUCAGUCCUAUUUUAUUAUUAUCACAGACGUCUGAAUGUAACGUCGGAAAGAAGAAUUUUCGUGUAAGAAUUUACGUACGAGUGUAAUUGUUUUGAGUUGUAAAUUACGUGUAUAUUAAAUAUACAAAUUACAAAUCAAUGGAUGACUCUUACUUUCCGAGUACAUAUUGUCUCGUGCGAGAACUUACAUUCGCUCUGUUAGGUUACCCAUCUCCCAAUGAUAAAAAGAUUUCAAAUUGAUUUACGAAUAUAGAGACUGUAUAAAACGACUGCGAAAAAAUCCUGCUAGUAGCAUCCAACAUUUAUAGAUAAUCUAUACCUGCCUUUAUUUCCCAAAUUUAAUUUUAUAUGUAUGCUAAAUGUCUAAUUAUUAUGUAUUGUCCGCGUUUAAUAAUAUUUAUAGUAUUUAUUAUUUUAAAUUAUAAAUUGCUAUAUUAUAUAACUUAACUUAGUUAAAAUAAUAAGUUCAUUAAGUAAUAAGAAACCAUAUUAACUUUGAACUAUUUAAAAUUUUUUCUUUUAACUUAGCUUAUAACUCGUUAAAAAUUAUCAUUUACUCACCAAGGCUUGCAAUUUACCAUUUAUUUUUUUUUCUUCGUUUUUUACUAUUCACUGCUUAGUAACUAACUGCGAUCGAUUAGUCUAUGUAUCGCUUAUUGUUAUUUUUAAUAAGUAUAGUUGUUUGAUAUUAUAUGUAAAUUAAUUAAUUAAAUAAAUCACAUGUAAUUUGAUCAUAGUAAAUAGAUAAUAGAUAUAAAAGUAAUAUUAAGUUUAAAAUAAUGCAUUAUUCGCUUAUAAGCAAUAAGUAUAUAUAAAUAUAUUAUAGUCAACAUAGGUUAGGUUCUUAGGUAGUAGUUUUUAUUAAAGAGCUUGCUCGCAACUAUUUAAUAAGGAAUAUUUAGACAAUUUGUACACUUGUUGUCAUCACCUACAAGUAUUAUAGUCAUAAAUGAUUAUUAUUUAUUAGCCUGACUAAGUGUAAACAAUUAGUGUUUACUGAUUAUAUACACUUUACAGGAAAAACUCACACUUCGUACAGUGGUCUAAUUUAAAUAUUUUUUUUUUCUUAGAAAGAGAAAGAUUUGAAAACAGGGUACUUAGACUUUGAUUUUGUUGCUAAAAUCAAAAUUAAUUAAAAACUUGUGAAAUUUGAACAAAUUUAAAAUCUUAUUAUAGGGUUUAAAAAUAUAAUUUAAAAAUCAUAGUUUAAAGCACCCUGUAAAAAGUUUAGAAGACAUUCUCUUUCAAAAACAAUAUAUAUAUAUAUAUUAUAAAAAUCGAUCUAUGAGUUAUAAGAAUUUUUCCUGUAAGAUAUGUUAUUGUACAAAAAACGAAGUCCUGAGCAGCUCGCUUAGUGUUUAAGUUUACUUAAAAUUAUUUACUUUGUAAAUUAUAAAUGAUAAGGAAUGUAAUAAGAGUGCAUUUACACUCAAAUACAUACAUGGUAUAACAAAUCAUUUAAUUAGAUAUAAGUAAGUAAAUUUAAGUGAUGAUCACUUAUUUACUUUAUACUUUAAGAAUACUAAUAUUUAAAUAUUUUUUUUAAUCAACUUAAUAUUUUUAAAGUCUAAGUUAAGUAUAUGGUGUUUGUUAAUUUAAUUUUGUACUUAAUUUAAAAACAAAUAAUUAACUCGACAUAGUUUUAUUAAUAAAGUUAAAAAUUGCAUUUACUUCCCAACCUAAUUUUUUAUUUUAUUUUUAACUUUAUAUAAGUUCAAGGCUAGGCAUUAACGAGUUAAAAAGUUAAAGUGA